AUGACGCCAACUGUCGGCCAACAUUCCAAGUCCAUCUCCGCCGCUUCCAACACUUCCUGUCCCAACUCCCUCGUCGUCAUCGAGACCUUUAGAGUCACCGUCGAUAAAGGGAAUCUUGCUAUUUCUCAUAAGUUAGUUCAACUGAGACAUAAAAGAGGUACGAACCGGGAAGUAGAAUCAGAAAGAAAACCCUUACCAACGAGGUUAGCGGCCGUAGCCAAUCGGGUCGGGCGGUGGCAGAUGGGCGGCGUCUCUGCAAGGAGUGAAGUCGAGACCGUGACGGUGGAAUUAACGGCGACAGGAGUGAAGCUUGGGCCGUGGCGGUGGGAUUGGCGCUUGGCUGCGGCAGGCUAUGAGGAGCAAGCAGAGAAUGAAGGAAGACAGAUUGUCGAUUCAAUUCUCCUGGAAUAUGUUAUCAUACUUCUUCUUUUGAAAAUCCCUCUUCCGAAAAUUUCAAUUAACCCUCUUCUCUGCUUCUCCCAUCGCAAAUCCGGUGCCUUCCGCACCAGGGUUACCCCAGGUGUUUCGACGUGGGCAUCCUCGGUCCUCGCGGCUCGAUUCUCAGAGUUUCACCGUUUGGAGGCAGUUUUACCGCUGGCAAUGAAGGUGUUAUCUUCCGUGAUUAGGGUUCACCGGAUCCUGGCUGCUAGAAUGGCGAGGUGGGAGGUCGUUGUUGUAGUGUUUUCGCAGCGUUUGGGUGAGCCUCUGGCGCUUCUUUAG